AAUCAACCAGUUCCGUAGUCUUUCACUUACUUCUUCGCAUUUUUCUACAAAUUCCCAUUAUUCAUUAUGUCGGGCACACCAAAACGAAACAGAACCUAUUUGGCCCCGGAUGAUGAACAUACUCCCACUAAAAAGAGGGAAUCAUCACCAAAAUCACGCCAGUCGAAAUCCACGUCACCACUCGAUCGAUUAAAACAACUUCCAGGAAAAAUAUUGGCAAAGAAGAAGGCGGCAAAAUGCGGGAAUAAGCAAAUGCAAAAAGAGGCCGGUGCUGAGUGCGAGAAAAUGGAAAAAGAAAUGGAUGAACGUCACAAAAAGGAGCUCGAAGAAGCAAAGAAGCCAGAAGAAUCGGAAGCCGUUCCUGCUGAAAAUCCAGAAGCUUCUACAUUAUCACCACCUUCACCAAAUCCAGAAGGAUCGGAUAAUGAUGGAGAAGGACCAUCGUCGUCGGCAUUCUACAAAACUGUGAAGAUUUCAAACAAAGCUGCAAAAAAACAAGAUAAAAAAAAGAAAACCGCUGACAAAAUGAAGGCUGCCGAAGCAGCCGAUAAGGAAGCGGGAAAAAAUCAACUUUCGGAUAGACAAAUGGAGAAAGCAGCUGUUAAAGAGAUGCUCGCAGAAGAUCACAUGAAAAUGAUCGAUAUUCCAGCAGAUGGUGAUUGUAUGUACAAUGCAAUUUCUCAUCAACUUCAAGAAGAAGGAAUCGAGAUUUCUGUACGAAAACUUCGCAAGAGAUGUGGUACUUAUAUGCGUGAGCACAGCGAAGAUUUUCGGCCUUUCAUUGAGGAUAUGGCAAAUAUGGAUAGUGAUUCUUCAUGGGCAACAUAUCUCGGUGGAGUUGAAAAUGUCGCUGAAAUUGGUGGAGUAUGGGGUGGAGAACUCGAGUUGAAGGCGUGUUCCAUGAUUUUUGAGAAGACUAUUGUGGUCUACAAACAAUACGGUGGCCGUCACACAAUUGGCGAGGAAUACUCGAGUCCAAAGGAUCGAGCCCUCCGAGUUGUCUUCCUUCGACAUGCUUACUCGCUUGGAGAACACUACAAUUCUACGUGCCCGUAUUGAUUAGUUUGAUUAAAUUGUUUUGAUAAUCUCAAUUGUUUUUUUUUAUGUUCUUUCUAAUUAAUCACACCAAUAUUGAUGAGAUCUUUACAUUUUAGGUGAAUUUUUCUUGUUUUUUUCUCAGAAAAUUUUCAUCGAGAGCUCAUAUUUCAAUUCUCCCGUUAUUUUGUUGUUCUAAUUCAAGGAAUUUUUGAAGUUAUACAAGAGUUUCAAAUUUAUGAAUAUUUAGAAUUCUCCCCACAUUUUGAUGAAACUCCAAUCAACACUAAUUUUCAAUAUUUAUUGUAAUUUGAUUACAACACUUUUUGAUCCUCUUCUGAAAAUAUAUUUCAAAUCAUAAACACUUUCACU